AUGUUAGGGAGGUGCAACAAAGGGGAAAGUCCCCAAGAUAGGUUCACAGCCGUCGUAUCAUGGAGCAUUUCUAUUUUGCGUCCUAUGAUCUUCGGAAUUGCUCCUUACAACCCCAUUCUUGGAGAAACUCAUCAUGUUUCAAAGGGGAAUCUCAAUGUUCUACUUGAGCAGGUUUCACAUCACCCACCAGUUACUGCCCUUCAUGGAACUGAUGAAAAAGAAAACCUUGAAAUGAUAUGGUGCCAACAUCCUACUCCCCAAUUCUAUGGUACUUCAGUGGAAACUGAGGUGCAUGGAAAAAGGCAACUGAAGCUCCUGAAUCACGGAGAAACAUAUGAAAUGAACUCCCCGAAACUCUUGAUCAAAUUCUUGCCAAUACCUUGGGUUGAUUGGGUUGGUGAAAACAGAAUCCGGUGUCAUGAGACUGGCCUUGAAGCUGAGUUAUGUUAUGGAAGCAGCUCAUUUUUUGGGCUUAGGGGAAAUCCUAGAACAGUUAAGGGAAAGAUCUUUGACUCAACGUCGUUCGAGCUUCUUUAUGAGAUAGAUGGUCAGUGGGAUAGAACUGUCAAAAUGAAGGACGUCAGUAGCGGGAAAGAAACAGUUAUAUACAAUGCGGAAGAAGCCAUUUCAGGACUGAAAGCUCCAAUGGUAACGGAUCAGAAGGGAGUGUGGCCAAGUGAAUCAGCUUUAAUUUGGGGCAUUCUGAGCCAAGCUAUUCUUGGGAAAGACUGGAGCAAAGCAAGAGAAGCAAAGAAAGCUGUUGAGGAAAAACAGAGGGAGCUCUUGAGAGAAAGAGAAUCAAGAGGGGAAACUUGGGUUCCUAACCAUUUUACCGUGACACAUAGCAAAGAAGGUGGGUGGGAUUGCUCACCUAUUCAAAAGUGGGUCCCUCCAGCUCCUAUAUCUGUACCCUUAUAA